UCUGCUCAUGUUCUGUCCUCCUCCUUGCCCAUGGAUUAUAUAUACGGAGCCCUGGAAUACUGAAUUACGCAGUUAAACAAGUCCACAUUCAUUUCGUAUUAUAUAUACAAAGCUGAGCCCAGGCACGGUAGUGGAGGGAACCUGGAGGCUAUAUAUAUAUAUAUAUAUAUAUAUAUAUAUAUAUAUAUUUAUAAGAGCAAGAAGAGGAAAAGCACCAAAUUUGAGAGAGAAAGAGGAAGAGAUAUAAUGGAAUGGAGAAAAUGCUAUUUGGAUGUGAUUCUGGUUCCCCUAGGUUUUCUGAUAACAGCUGGUUAUCAUGUAUGGUUGUGGCACAAUGUUCGUACCAAGCCUGAGACUACUAUCAUCGGCAUAAACACCAGAGGAAGAAGAUUAUGGGUCUCUGCAAUGAUCAAGGACAAUGAAAAGAAGAACAUCCUGGCAGUCCAGACUCUUCGAAACACGAUCAUGGGAUCAACCCUAAUGGCCACCACGUCGAUCCUUCUCUGCUGCGGCCUGGCGGCCGUGAUUAGCAGCACGUACAGCGUGAAGAAGCCGCUGAACGACGCCGUCUAUGGGGGUCAUGGGGAGUUCAUGGUCGCCCUCAAAUACGUGACCCUACUCACCCUUUUCCUCUUCUCCUUCAUGUGUCACUCGCUUUCCAUCAGGUUCAUAAACCAAGUGAACAUCCUCAUCAACAGCCCUCAGGACCCCACUUCUCCAGUGACCCCCGAGUACGUGUCGGAGCUUCUAGAGAAAGGUUACAUUCUGAACACGGUGGGGAACAGGCUUUUCUACGCAGCACUACCUCUUAUGCUUUGGAUUUUUGGGCCGGUGCUGGUGUUUUUGUGCUCCAUAACCAUGGUGCCAAUGCUUUACAAUUUGGACUUUGUGCUUACAAGGCCUGAUCAGAAAGGAAAGAACAUGGAUGCUUCUGGAAAUUCGGACUUCGUUUGAAUAUGCCAAUAUCCCAAGUCAUGAUCGAGGACGCGUGUUUGGUGCAUGAUCUAAUUAGAAGAAAAGACUGCAAUUUGAAUAAAUUUUGUAGAAAUGCUUUGUUCUCUACUUUGACUUCCCUCAAUCAGAUGAAUCAAUCCCUUCCUGCUUUACUAAAUUUUGAGCAUGCAUGCAUCUCAUCAAGCAAAGGAAAUGACAAUGUACCAACAUUUCUCCCAAAAUUAAUGUGUGUUAUGUGAGGUGACAAUAUUUAAUAAAAAAAACAGUCUUUUUCAAGCA